CACGGUUGCUGCGGCGACGCUCGGAAGCGCCGGAUGUACCGCGCGCCAUUUUCAAACCGCCGGCCCGGCCGCGCGCGCAGAGGCCUAUAGAGCCCGCCCCGAGCUGGUCAUUUACUUUUUCAGUGUGGUACAACCAUCUUUGAAGUGUGUUCAUGAUGACCACAGCCGCAGAACGCAAAUUUAUUAACCUCCGGAAACGGCUAGAUCAGCUUGGCUACCGGCAUCCCCUGGGAGUGGAGAGCCUGCCUCUGGUGGAAAAACUCUUUAGUGAUCUUGUCCAUACAACAGAGAGUCUACGCAGCGCAAAGUUAUCUGCUGGAAAAAUUGAAAAGGAGUGCAGCAAUUUUGAUGCUAUUCUGGAACCUUAUAAAGCAGAGAAUGCUAAACUUACCAGAGAAAAUAAUGAACUACAUUUAGAGAUACUGAAACUGAAAGAACAAUCUGAUCGUCAUGUAAGAGAUUUGAAAGCCAGCUUAAGAAAAGUUGAACAUGAGACAGCUGACUUGAAGUUUCUGAAUAACCAAUAUGUACAUAAAAUUAGAACAUUGGAAAAAGAGAACAAAGCCAAGACUGAAAAAAUUCAGCAGCUUCAGGAGAAAAAUCUGCAAGCAGUGGUACAAACACCAGGUGGCAGGAAAAGAAAUAUUCCAUUCAGACGCCAACGCAUGCAGAUUGACCAACCUGUCCCUCCCUCAGGAAUAAGUUCUUACCCGGUUCCCCAGCCAGAUGACCCUUAUAUUGCAGACCUUCUUCAAGUGGCUGAUAACAGAAUCCACGAACUUCAGUUACAAGUAGCCGAAUUGCAGGAAAAACUGGAAAUUUCUGAACGUGGUGUGAAAAAUUAUAGCAAACAGGUCGAAAUGAGAGACCAAGAAAUAGAACGUCUAGUAUUAGCAUUGGAUGGUGGUCGCUCUCAUGAUAUUAUUUCUCUGGAAUCUAGAAGUAAAAGCAAUGAGAAGCUUAUUGCCCAAUUAAAUUUGCAGGUUGAAUAUCUUCAGCAAACAAAUAGAGAACUUGAAAAUCGCAUACAAGAUCUUUUGGACACCAAACAAAAUGUGACUAGUGAAGUUGUUCAUUUAAGCAAUAAAAAUGAAGAACUAUGUCAAGAACUUAGUGAAAUAGAUCAUUUGGCACAGCAGUUGGAAAGACAUAAAGAAAUUGUGCUUGAGACGGCAGAUAAGGAAAUUGAGGAAGCUAAGAAAGAGAUUAAAAGAAAACACAAUGAGAUUCAAGACCUUGAGGAAACAGUAACAAGACUUAAGUCGGAGUUAUGUUUGUGCCAUAGAGAAAAAGAGAGACUGGCUGAAGAACUCUUUGGGAAAACUGAUGAAAAACAAAAUCUUGACGUUUUGUUAAACCAGCUUGAACAAGAAAAACAAAGGCUUGCAGAAAAAGUUGAGGACUUAGAAAUUUCAAAACGAGAACUUGUCUUAGAAACGGAGAAAAUGAGGUUAGAGUAUGGUAUAGCUCUUGGGGACAAAUCACCUUCUCGUCUAGAUGCAUUUAUAAAGACUCUAGAAGAUGACAGGGAUUAUUAUAAGCAAGAGCUAGAAUAUCUUCAGAAGAUGGUACAACGAAGGUCUAGUCCUGGCCGUAGGUCUUCAGAAAAGAGCGAAGAUCUUAGAUUAAUCACCAGGGAAAGAGAUGAACUACAAGCUAUGUUGGACAGAUUUGAAAAACACAUGAUCGACAUUCAAUCCAAUGUCAAAUUACUGACUGCAGAAAGAGACAAAUUAAAUGUCCUUUAUGAACAGUCGCAGGACGAAUUAAAUAGGUUAAGAAGAGAAUCAAAACAUACUUUAGUUUCUCAAAGUCAUGUGAAAGAAGAAAGAGACAUUGCAUUAGCUGACUUCAGAAGAGUAAUGGCAGAAAAGGACAGUCUGAGAGAGAAACUAAAGAUUCAACAGGAAACUGCUGCCCUUGAAAAAUCAACGCUUGAGCACAAUAUUGCAGAACUGGAAAACACUAUUCAUGGGUUUGAAACAGAGCGGUUUGAAUUAAAGGCUACAAUCUCUGUCCUGAAGGAAAGAAUAGACUCUUUGGAAGAUGAAUUAAAAACAAAAUGUAACAAACUUGCCCAAACAUCUGAUGACUCUUCACAAUUUAAAACUGAGUUAUCCUCACUUCAGCUCAUAAAUGAACAACUGCAGAGAUCCCUUGAAGAUUUACAGCAUCGCUUCUGUCUCAGAAAGGAUGAACUCCAGUCAGCUCAAGAAGAAAUUGCACAGUUAGAGGAGAAAAUAGAUAGGUUAAGCCAGAAAACUGCUUCUCAGGAUGAGACAGUGAAUGUACUCAGAAGUACCAUUAGUAUCCUGGAUAAGGAGAAGGACAGUCUUCAGGAAACUGUAGAUGAAAAGACAGAAAGAAUUGCAUGUUUAGAGGACAACUUAGUUAACAAGGAAAAAACAAUUGCUCAUUUGAGACUAACUCUGUCAGAGCUAGAGUCCUCUAUAGACCAGCUAAAGGAUGCGCUGAAUAACAAAGACCGUGAGAUAGCUAGUCUACGUCGCCAGUUCGAUGCAUCCCAGAUAGAGCUUGCAGAAACGGGAAGAGUAAAGGAAAUGGCUCUGAAGGAAAACAGACGAUUACAAGAUGAUCUAGCUACAAUGACCAGAGAAAACCAGGCAAUCAGUACUGAUUUGGAAGAAGCAAUCCAUGAAAAGGAAGAAAUGAAAACUAGAGUUCAUAAUUAUAUAACUGAAGUCUCCAAAUUUGAAAGCUUAAUAUCUUCAAAGGAACAAGAAAACCGAGAAUUGUUAGAACAGUUCCGAAUGCUCCAUAGUCAAGCUGAGGACUGGGAAGUCAAGGCUCAUCAAGCAGAGGGAGAAAGCAGCUCAAUACGACUAGAGCUCCUCUCUGUAGAUUCUGACAGAAGACAUCAUCGAGAGAGAGUGGAAUUAUUAGAAAAAGAAAUUCAAGAGCACAUCAAUGCACAUCAAGCAUAUGAAUCUCAAAUCUCUUCAAUUACCAAAAAAAUUUUAAAGUUGGAAGGGGACCUCAAACAUGAACAAGAUGAAAAGUCUUCUGUAUUGGCUGACCUUGCUUCUGUGAGAGAGUUGUGCAUGAAACUUGAAUCUAGCAAAGAACUUUUAUCACGGCAGCUAACAUCCAAAACCAUGGAAUAUGAAAGGGUUCUUGCUGAAAUAGAAGAUGUAAAGUCAGAAGCAGAAUUGUUGAAAAAGCAGUUGUCAAGUGAGCGACUUACAAUUCAGAACCUUGAAACGCUGUUGGCUACUAGUAGAGACAAAGAGUUUCAGAAUCAUUUAACAACCCAUGAGAAGGAUUCAGAAAUUCAAUUACUUAAAGACAAGCUAACACUUGCAGAGAGCAAACUAACCAGUCAUAAUAGAGAAGUUUCUGCACUUAGAAGUAAAGUUGCACAGCUGCAGACUGACUGUGAUGUUUUAAAAAGGCAACUGACAACUGAACGAUUUGAACGAGAGCGUGCAAUUCAGGAGAUGCGUCGACAUGGUCUUUCCACAGCUUCUCUACGUUCCUCAUCUCCACUUAGUUCGACACUAAGAUCUCCUUCACAUUCUCCAGAGCGUGCAACUGCAAGGUCUGUUGAUCGAGUAACAGCAGAAAAAAACGUGAGCUUCAAGGAAUCUUAAGCCUAAAACAGUAAUAGAUGGAUUAACUUGUUACAAGGACUUUUGAAAAUUAUGAAGUCUGGCAUGAAUUCUACCUCUGGUUUCUUCAGAUCAGUAAUAAGUUGUGAAUUGUAUAUAUGUGUAGAGUAUAGUCAGCCUUACACAAUUCUACUCUUUCAGUUACCUGUGGAUGACCUGUUUAUGAUGGGUGCUUUUAUUUGUUCCAAUGUCUGCUUUUGUACCAACGCUGAAGUCUUACAGCAAUUUUGCAAGGCUAAUAUAAUAGCUCUAUAAAUAUAUUUGUGUAAAAGAAUGAAGCUGGCUCUGGGUGACUAAUAUGACAGCCUCUGAUUUCAUUUUGCCACUUAUUUCCAUUUGCUUAUAUCAGAUAAAACUCCAAAAGUUUGCACAUUCAAUGGUGCCAGGGCAGUGUAAAGCAAUGAAAGAUUCUGUCUUUUUCUUUUAGGAAAAAAAAUGCCGAGCCAUAAAAUAUUUAUUAUGCAUCUAAUGGUUUUCUGUGUAUUUGGAUUUUUUACAAAACUUUUGUUUACACAUCAUUGCUUUUAUACAACCUCGUAUCAUGAAGAAUGUCCAUUCACUUUGUGAAAGCACUAUCAAUCUCAGAGUAGACUUUUCUUCUUAAUUAAAACAGUGCCAUAUCAAUAACUGUCUUUUAGAAAAAAAUUUUACACAAAUUCUUACGAAAAUAUUGCUCCUAGUCUUCCAUAAUGUUUUUGUAAUGUCAUUUUUAUUUUUAAAUAUUGUAUUUUUCCAAUGAAAAGCAAUGGAAGAACACAUUAAUACUUUUAAUAUCAUAUGUAACUGAAUUGUACCAUAUAUGUAAUGCCAAACCAAAUCUGGAAAUACUUUUCAAAAUUAUUUUUUUAAAAGAUGAGAACAAAAUCAGGACUCAUUCAUUCAGUCGAGCUCAAGUCUUUAAAAUGGUGACGGAGGACCUUAUAUUAUGGCACACAUCUUCUAUGGAUGUGCAGUAAAAAUGCAUCUCUAAGAAAUGUCUAAUAAACAUGAAAGACAGUUAUUACCAAUUUAGAUCAUAAAGCAUUAUUAUGAGUUAUCUUUAGAAUAAUUUAUUGAAGUUCAUUUACGUCAGAUAUAUGGACUCAUAAUUAAGUAUUCUACUCAAAUGUUUAAGUAGAAUAGUACUAACUAUUAGAAAAAUAAUGUGACAUUUCUUGGUGUUGCACAUAGGGAUUGGGAAGGGAAAUCUGCACUGUGGCAGUGCAUCCAUGUUGACUGCUUUACAGCAUUCCAUUCAAAAUAGCUGAAGAAAAGACUGUAUGUUACCAAAUUCCAUUACAAAGAGCAGGAAGGAAUAGCAUGACUUGAAGGAAUCAAAUUCUGAACUUUUCUAUACUUUGUCUCCCUUGUAUUUUUGCACUAAGAUUGUUACAGUUUUGAUUUAAUAAAGACGUGUUUUAACUGGAAAAUAUGUUGUUUAAUAUUCUAAUUAAAUGUAUGCAUACAUAA